AUGGAAAACCUCCGAUUGAGGAAUCCUGUAUCCAACCACUCGCUUCCCCUGCCCGACGGCCGGGGAUACAAGCUCAUGAGGAUGUUUCAUCUUCCAACCACUGGCAAUUACAAGAUUGUUUGUGGUAAAAGGGAAGGCGGUUUCCGGUUUCUUACCGUUGGAAUUGAUCUCCAUUGGAGAGCCAUUGAAGCUGAUGGAGGUGUUAUCUUUCACACAUCUAAUAAGAAGGAAGCAUUAUUAUCAUUCUCAGCUGUAGAUAUAGAUGAUGUUUACUUCCUCAUUAGGCCUGAAAAUUGUUUUGCUGAAGUAGCUUGCCUGGAAGUGGAAACCGUAACUUUAGUAUAUACCCGAUUUCCCAAGACAUUUUCGCAGGCGGUUAAGCCCUUUUCCUGGAAUAAGAAGUUGGCUCUAGCCGAUCUGGAGAAGGGAAGAGAGGUUCAUUUGUGGAUACUGGAAGACUACAAGAAAUCAGGGAAAUGGUCGGAAAUGAAGAUACUACUUCCUUGUACAUUGUUCCGCGAUUUUCCACCGGAACUCGAAAACCUUAAGCCAUGGUCAUCGACCUCAAAAGAAGAUCACAUCUUGUUGUUUCGCCGAGCAGAUCACUGUGUCCUUGAAUAUAAAAUUAAAACUAGACAAGAAGUAACCAGGGUCGUACCCCCGGCCGGGAAAUGGCUUUUGUGCGGUUAUUUCCCCACCCUGUCGAAUCUAAAUGGAGCUCUAAUCCCUCCUGCAGAAGAAGAGAAACGGCUGAGGAUUAAGGAUGGAGCAAGAAAUCAUGUCUUCAGUUGCUUCACUGAAUUGUUUUCCCUUUGUAGUCGUAUUCCUCAUUAG